CCGAUGUGUGAAUACUAUUUUUGAUGAGUAAUGAGUGCAGCAGAACAAAAGAAGAAGCAGUAGCAGCAACAGGAGAAGCAGAACACAGCCAUGGCUGCAGCUCCCGAAAACGUCCCUUCCUUCAUCGCCGCUCAGCUCAGCCACCUCCUCGCCCACUUCCGUCUCACCCUCAAGGUUGAUCAAAUGUGGUCCGCCGACAAAUACAACUCCGGCCCCUUCGAUCGCUUCUCCCUCCUUAUUCCUUACUGCUUGGACUUCAUCAGAUGGGAUGUUAUAUUCGACGCCGAGUCUCCCAAUGCUGCUCCCGAUGUUAUUUUUGGCCCCGAGGACGAUAGUUUUCACCCCUUUCACAUGCUCCCUUCCCCCGAAUCAAGUAACAACUGUUUGUCAGAUUGGAACUACAAAGACCCCUCGCGUCUCUUAACCCUCAUUCAGUUCUUGAGGGAUCAGUAUGUGUUGUACCAGAGGAAGCGCGUUGAAGAGGUUGAUGAUGAACGCUUGAAAUUCGAAAUCAGCACUAUCUUGUCCAGAGAGGGAAUAGAAAUGUAUAUGGGCUCUAAUGCUGAGAAGUUAGAGGAGGUUAAAUUUGCUGUGCCCUUACUGGACAUGAACAUAAACAAUAUGGUGUCUUGCUGUCCCUGGAGAUAUUCCCAGAAGAUAUACUUACAGGUUGUAUAUCCUGUUGGAAGAAAAUAUACGUCAGUACCUUCGGCUCCUCGUCUGAAGUUGGUAUCUUCUCCUGAGCUGAAAGCCGUUUUUUCCAUUGAUGAUGUCAAGCUACCUUCUUGGGUGGAUGGGAUGUGUUUGGCAGAAUAUCUUCCAAAUCUGGAAGAAUAUCUUGGGAAACAGGUCUUUGAGGCUGUUUCACUAAUUGAAGUUAGAAGGCAGUUCAUUGAAGCCUUAGCCAGUCCGUUUGGAAGGCCAAUUGAAGCUGAUCCUGUUUUUUGCAGGAAGGCAACUUUUCUUUGUGCAUCUGGUGUUUUCACAUUCCUGGUACACUUCAUGAUUCCAACUCAAUUUCCAAAGCAACAGCCCGCUGUCAUGCUUCAAAGUUCACAGCAUUUUAAUUCACAAAUGGCACCUUUGAAGUCACGGCUUAUCUCUGAUUAUCCAUGGAGUCCGAGAUGGGAACCAUUACAGAUGGCUGAGCGUAUUUGUGAGUUUCUGGCAGACGAGGCCUUGAAUUUCAAGAGGCAAUGCAGUGAGGGUCAGGUUCAGUAGUAACAUAACCAAUCUCUAAACAUGUUCGUUCAAAAAUGUCAUUUUUCGAUCCUCUUGGUCAUUGUUUUUGGGAAUUUUUCUUGUAUGUUAAUAUCGACAUGGAAAAGAAAAAGGGUAUAUAUUUAGUUUAUUUUCCGAUGAUUUUA